AUGGGGAGGGAGUGCGUGGGGCUGGGGAAAGCGGGGCCUGAGGCCCCGGGGGGCUGGGAGAGGUGGGGACAAUUCCUCUCUCCCCCUGCUGCAGGCGUUCACCGGCAGAUCCUGUUGGCGUCCCUGGGCUGCUUUGUUGGCUACCAGCUGGUGAAACGCUCCGAGUACGUGCAUGCCAAGGUGGACAGGGAGCUGCUGGAGUACAUCAGGCAACACCCGGUGGACUUCCACGCAGGAGAAGGUAAGAAAAGAAUAGGGCAGCUCUUGGAGGAUUUCCACCCAAUUCAGUGAGGAUUUUUCCAGUGGUGACACAUCACAGGAUGAAUUCCUGCCAUCCUGAGAACUUCAGAAAGGUGGCUGCAACUGUUGAACCGUCCAUGGCUUAAAAGAUGAAACUUUACUCACUUUCAUGUAAUAAAAACUUGGUUAAAUAGUUAGUGUU